UGGCACGACAGUGGGGCUCCGAGUCAACUGGUAUGACCGCAGGCACUGGGUCAGACAUUGUAUGGUCUGGUCUUGGACAGCGGCAUCGGGAUCACCAGGCCAUCAGGUCAUUUGGCCGGCUCGACAGCCGGGCAACCGCGUCAUCUGGCAAGGCAGUCGGCACCGCGUCAUCUGGCAAGGCAGUGGGCUCCAAGUCAACUGGUAUGACCGCGGGCACUGGGUCAGACCAUUGGAUCUCUGACCUGACACAGCGGGCACUGGGUCACCAAGGGUCAUCAGGACAUUUGGCUCGACAGCGGGCACCGCGUCAUCCGGCAAGGCAGUGGCUCCGAGUCAAAACUGGUAUGACCGCGGGCACAAUGGGUCAGACAUUGGAUCGUUUCUGACUGGACAGCGGGCACUGGGUCACCAGGCAUCAGGUCAUUUGGCUCGACAGCGGGCACCCGCGUUCAUCUGGCAAGGCAGUGGAUGCUCCGAGUCAACAGGCACGACAGUGAGCACCGGGGGAAGCAUUGGAUCGUCUGGCUCGACAGCGGGCAU